GGCAGAGCAGCAGCAUCAGUAGCUGUCAGACUAAUACCUGGGAUUAUGCACAGAACCGGGGAUCUGCACUCACAGCCGGGGACGUGACAGCCCGAGACUGCUGAGGAAUAGAGUAUCAGAGCCUGAUGCUGCUGGGAAUGUGACAGCCUGCCGACCGGUCAUAGGUGGCACACUGAGACUGAUGGUGAAAACAUGGAGGGUAUAAAAGCUGAGUGUGUUUACCAAAAAGAAUCAAACAGGAGCUGGAAAGUGCUGAUCUUGGGGGUCCUGUUGGCAUGGCUAGUUUUGGUCCACCUCUUAGUUAAUGUGUGGCUGCUUCUUCUCUUCUCUGCUUUAAUGGCAGCAGUGGGAGCCUGGCUUGGACCACAUGCUAUACUUGGGAGUGGAACCACAGUUCAUCUUGAGAGGUUUAUUGCAUUGGAACGAAACAAGGUGCCUCCAGAUGCAGAGGGGCACUUAGAUAAAGAAAUCAGACAGACCAUAGAAAAGAUCAUCCAAGAUUUUGUCUCAUCCUGGUACCGUCGGCUUAGCCAUGAGACAGCUUUUGAGGAUGAACUUAGAGGGGUCAUGUGGGACCUUGCCAUGGAGCUUAAAGAAAGAGUGAAAUGUGCAGACCGUGAAGAUCUGACUCGAAAAUUGCUCAUUUUAGGUGGUUGUCACCUUCAGUGCUAUAAAUGGGCGAAAGCACGUGUUGAAGGAAUUGACAGCAGUACUGAGAAAGAAUCGCGAUUAUGGGAUGCUUACCAAGAACUUAGCCCUGUGCACCAAGCUCUUGCCAGCUCUUCUGUAGAAGUCAACCAUGCCAGAUGGUUAGUAGAACUUCUUCUAAAAGAAUUGGUGCCAGCACCACAUUUGGAGAGCCGUACUGGAAGACACUUAGUUGUAGAGCUCAUUGCUUGUAAUGUUGUGUUACCACUAGUAGGAAAGAUGUCCGAACCAGACUGGAUCAACAUGAUUCUAACCAACAUAUUUUCUAAAACUCCUCUAAAAGUAGAAGAGGAUAAAAAUGAGACUCCAGUUCAGCCAGUAGCACCAAAAACACUUUCUCUGGCUAUAAACCAAGAACAAGCUCCACAACUGGUUGUCCUGCCCUCCCCAUUGGUAUCUAGCUUCUCCAGUUAUGAUGUGAUAGAAAGUGUAGAUUUAGAGCAGGACAGUGAACCUGGGUCUAGAGAUGGACUGGAUGGCAUUGAGGAGAUGGAGUCAAGCAAAAACAAACUUGAUGUUUUCUCUGUACAUUACUUACAGCCUCCAGCAUCCAGCAGUCCUUUCUUCCUCUGUGAGGAAUCUGAACUUGAGUCACCCAUUUCAGAUUUGGGACGAGAAACUGACCCUCCUCUCAUGAACUCUUCUGAUGACCUCCUUUCUGACUGCUGUUUGGACUCCCUGACUCCUGCUGAGAGCCCUGUAGUUGCCCCUCAUGAAGAAAGUGCAGGAGGCAUAUUAAAUGAUGCGUGUUUACCGCAUCCAGGUGGAACCCUCCACCGCCCUGAAAUUCUUAUAGAGUCCACAGAACUGACAUCAGAAUUUACUAAUACCCCACCUACAGACAAGGAAGGCUUCAGCCCAAUAGAGCCUGCUCCUUUAAUCACAUCAUCCCCAACUGUUCCUCUUCAUCCUUUUAGCUUUGUGCCUAUUAACAGUCCAGAUGGACCUGUGCUAAUCCAAAACCUCAGAAUUACUGGAACCAUCACCGCCCGUGAGCACAGUGGGACAGGAUCCCAUCCAUAUACACUGUACACCAUCAAGUAUGAUACAGCGCUGGAUAGUCAGUCUCUUGGGACUUUGCAACCCAUGGCAUACCAUACUGUCAACCGCAGGUACCGUGAGUUCCUCAACCUACAGACGCGCCUGGAAGAGAAGGCUGAACUACGCAAGUUUGUAAAACAUAUUAAAGGUCCAAAGAAGUUGUUUCCUGAUCUUCCUUUUGGAAAUAUGGACAGUGAUAAGGUUGAGGCACGAAAGAGCCUCCUGGAGUCAUUUUUAAGGCAACUAUGCGCUGUGCCUGAGAUCGCCUGCAGUGAGGAGGUGCAGGAAUUCCUAGCUCUGAACACUGAUGCUCGUAUUGCAUUUGUUAAGAAACCAUUUCUUGUUUCCAGAAUUGAUAAGAUUGUUGUAAACGCUAUUGUGGACACUCUGAAAACAGCGUUCCCGCGAUCUGAACCACAGAGUCCCACCGAUGAGCUGAGCGAAAAUGAGGUGGACGGCAAAUCUCAGAAUGACAGUAAAAAAAGUGCUAAGUCACGUCUUCGAUUUCCUUCUAGUAAGAUUGCGCCAGUGCUGAGCUCAUCUGAUACACAGGAGAAGAUUGUAUACUCUGUGAGAGAAGGAAGCACGGUUUCGGAAACCCUGUCAGUGGCAGGCAUGGAAUCCUUCAUCCAAAAGCAGGAGAAGAUGCUGAAAGAGACAAUUCAUGAGAGGACACGCUCUCCCAAGGAGCCCAGUGUGAGACAUUCGCAUACACACCAACCCCACAAAAUAGGUCUGGAAGGUGGUCUAUCAGCCGUGGCUUUAGAAGUGCUGUGGUUGGCAAUGAGGGACCAUUGGAGCUGGCUGUGCACAGAUAACAUGCAGAAACUUACACAUUUACUGUGCGGCAGCCUCAUCCAGAGGUGGUUGGAGGUGCAAGUUGGCAACUUAACCAGCAUGCAGCGCUGGUCACUCUACCUCCGUCUACUGCAGCAGGCUAUAUGGCCUGGAGGUGCACUUCGAACACAGCCUCGACCAAUCAGGACUCAGGAACAGAAAGAUAUGGCUCGUGCGCAUGCGCUACAAAGCCUUGUGGGCAUUUUACCUGAUUUGGUGCAGGAGCUCCUAGGAGUUCAGAAAUGUCAACAAGUUUGGCAUUCAGUGUUGGACUCUCUCCAGCAUCCUCAGAUUAACAGGCAUCUGCUCUACUGCAUAUGGGAUAUUCUUCUGGAAAGCGUCAUCUCUGAAACCUCUUUAGAGAUCAAGGUCAACCCCACACCCCCCUCUCCAUAUUUGGAUUCACGCAGAAAAGAGAUCUGGCAGCGAGGAAGUUAAUAGGGCAGUAGUAGUUGAAGAUUAAUUGAUCAGAAAAUGAACAGUGCUGCUUCACCUGAAAUACAGCGAGUUUUAAUGCACCUUCUGCAGAGCAGACAUUGAAGCUGUUACCUCCUUGCACAGUGUUGAAUGCAGACAACUUUCCACUUUAGCUUGACCAGACUAAACCCAACUGCUGUCAGUUCACAUGAUCGCUCAGCUUCUGGGAUAUGUGUUUUAAAGGUUUUUAUCUGAAAUGAACGGAUAAAGGAAGAUCUAAAUGUCACAUCUUCAGUAUCCUCCGCUCAACAUAAUGGAUUUACCAAGCAUUAUAAUUUUGUCCGUUUUGUCUAAUAAUCCAGUAGCUGCACAACUAGACGCAAGUUCAAAUGUGCAAAAUAACUCACACAGAGUAGAAUAUAUAUAUUUACGACAAUGUACAUGUUGUUAUGCUGUAUUCAAACAUACGAUAUGUAGACACACACACAUAGCACAUGCAUAUUAUGUCAGCUGUUCACAAGAAAAUAGCAAAAAUUGUAGACUCUAAACUUAAAGUGGUAUUUAUAAAACGGUUAUUGCAUAUAGGGAUACAUUACUUCUAAACAUACAGAUACAUUCACAUUACUGGAGUUCUCAAAUGAACUACAUAUCACAUACUGUAGAUGUUAUAUAGUCAGUUCAUGAUAAUUCAGGCAUUUUUUUAUUUAUUUAUUGAAGGUAGAAAUAUUUCUGUUGCACCGCACUCCACCUAUACAGUGCAGAGUUUGGAGGUGUUAUGAUGCCAGUAUAUUUGUUACUUGUUGAUGUGAUAUAUUUUACCUUGUUUGUCUGUCUGGUACAUUGCGUGUUUUCUCUACAGAAUUGUCAGAAUUCUUAGUCAAUAUAUGGUGUUUAUGUUGAAUGUACUAAGGAAUGUUUAGUGAUUGGCUGUGUACCUGGCUCCAAAAAUGGCAAGGGGCCCUAUAAAAUUGUGCUUUUAAUUUAUUGUUUUAUGAUGAGUAACUUUAGCUUAACUCUGCGAUUCUUGUGUCUUCCUUACAGGAGUAACUUUUGCUUAAGUGUCUAGACCUUAUGUUGCAUAUUCCUUGUAGGUUCUUAACCCUGUCUUUGCCUUGUGUGCUGCACAUUCUUGUUGGUCCUCAAACGUGUUAUUGUUUCGUAUGAUGCACCGUCCUUGUAGGUUUCCAAAGCUGUCAUUGUUCUUUAUAAUGCUUAUUCCUAGUAGCUCCCUAUCCCUGUCAUUGUCACGUGUGCUGCAUAUUAUUGUAGGUCCCCCCAAACCCUGUCAUUCCUUAUAAUGUACAGGCCUUGUAGGUAAUUUCCUUUUGUGAUGCACAUUCCUUUUAGGUCCCCAAACUUGUCAUUGUCCCUUAUGAUGCACCGUACUUGUAGGUUUCCAAAUCUGUUAUUUUUCUUUGUGAUGCUAAUUCCUAGUAUCUCCCUAGCCCUGUCAUUGUCUCUUUUACUGGACGUUCAUUGUAGAUCCACUACCCUGUCAACUAACCUUGUGCUGCAUGUUCCUUGAAGUUCCACAGUCCUGUCAUGUUCCUUGUGUUGCACUUUCCAUGUAGGUCCCCUACCCUGUCACCAUCUCUUGUGCUGCAUGUUCUUUGUAAGUCCCCUACCCUGUCACCUAACCUUGUGCUGCAUGUUCCUUAAAGUUCCACAGUCUUCUCAUGUCAGAUUUGUCAUGUCCCUUAUGCUGCAUGUUCCCUGUAGGUCCACUGUCCUGUGUGCUGCAUGUUCCUACCUGUCACCUACCCUGUCACCUAACCUUGUGCUGCAUGUUCCUUAAAGUUCCACAGUCUUGUCAUGUCAGUCUUGUCAUGUCCCUUAUGCUGCAUGUUCCCUGUAGGUCCACUGUCCUGUGUGCUGCAUGUUCCUUGUAGUUCCACAGUCUUGUCAUGUCUCUUGUGUUGCUCAUUCCUUCUAGGUGGCCAGCUCUGUCACCAUCUCUUGUGCUGCAUGUUCUUUGUAGGUCCCCUACCUUGUCACCUAACCUUGUGCUGCAUGUUCCUUAAAGUUCCACAGUCUUGUCAUGUCAGUCUUGUCAUGUCCCUUAUGCUGCAUGUUCCCUGUAGGUCCACUGUCCUGUGUGCUGCAUGUUCCUUGUAGUUCCACAGUCUUGUCAUGUCUCUUGUGUUGCUCAUUCCUUCUAGGUGGCCAGCCCUGUCACCAUCCCUUGUGCUGCAUGUUCCUUGAAGUUCCACAGUCCUGUUAUGUCUCUUGUAUUGCACAUUCCUUGUGGGUCCCCUGCUGUCACCUUCCCUUGUGCUGUAGGUUCCUUGAAGUUACACAAUCUUGUCAUGUCUCUUGUGUUGCACAUUCCUUCUAGGUGGCCAGCCCUGUCACCAUCCCUUGUUCUGCAUUUUCCUUGAAGUUCCACAAUCCUGUUAUGACCCUUGUGUUGCACAUUCAUUGUAGGUCCCCUGCAGUCACCAUCUCUUGUGCUGUAGCUUCCUUAAAGUUCCACUCUUGUCAUGUCUCUUGUGUUGCACAUUCCUUCUAGGUGGACAGCCCUGUCACCAUCCCUUGUGCUGUAUGUUCCUUGAAGUUCCACAGUCCUGUUAUGUCCCUUGUGUUGCACAUUCCUCGUAGGUCCCCUGCUGUCACCUUCCCUUGUGCUGCAUGUUCCUUGUAGUUUCACAGUUUUGUCUUGUCUCUUGUGUUGCUCAUUCCUUCUAGGUGGCCAUCCCUGUCACCAUCCCUUGUGCUGCAUUUUCCUUGAAGUUCCACAAUCCUGUUAUGUCUCUUGUGUUGCACAUUCAUUGUAGGUCCCCGGCAGUCACCAUCUCUUGUGCUGUAGGUUCCUUAAAGUUCCAGUCUUGUCAUGUCGCUUGUGUUGCACAUUCCUUCUAGGUGGCCAGCCCUGUCACCAUCCCUUGUGCUGCAUGUUCCUUGAAGUUCCACAGUCCUGUUAUGUCCCUUGUGUUGCACAUUCCUUAUAGGUCCCCUGCUGUUACCUUCCCUUGUGCUGCAUGUUCUUUGUAGUUCCACAGUCUUGUCAUGUCUCUUGUGUUGCUCAUUCCUUCUAGGUGGCCAGCCCUGUCACCAUACCUUGUGCUGCAUGUUCCUUGAAGUUCCACAGUCCUGUUAUGUCUCUUGUGUUGCACAUUCCUUGUAGGUCCCCUGCUGUCACCUUCCCUUGUGCUGUAGGUUCCUUGAAGUUCCCAGUCUUGCCAUGUCUCUUGUGUUGCACAUUCCUUCUAGGUGGCCAGCCCUGUCACUAUCCCUUGUGCUGCAUUUUCCUUGAAAUUCCACAAUCCUGUUAUGUCCUUUGUGUUGCACAUUCAUUGUAGGUCCCCUGCAGUCACAAUCUCUUGUGCUGUAGGUUCCUUAAAGUCCCAGUCUUGUCAUGUCUCUUGUGUUGCACAUUCCUUCUAGGUGGCCAGCCCUGUCACCAUCCCUUGUGCAGCAUGUUUCUUGAAGUUCCACAGUCCUGUUAUAUCCCUUGUGUUGCACAUUCCUUGUAGGUCCCCUGCUGUUACCUUCCCUUGUGCUGUAGGUUCUUUGAAGUUCCACAGUCUUGUCAUGUCUCUUGUGUUGCUCAUUCCUUCUAGGUGGCCAGCCCUGUCACCAUACCUUGUGCUGCAUGUUCCUUGAAGUUCCACAGUCCUGUUAUGUCUCUUGUGUUGCACAUUCCUUGUAGGUCCCCUGCUGUCACCUUCCCUUGUGCUGUAGGUUCCUUGAAGUUCCCAGUCUUGCCAUGUCUCUUGUGUUGCACAUUCCUUCUAGGUGGCCAGCCCUGUCACUAUCCCUUGUGCUGCAUUUUCCUUGAAAUUCCACAAUCCUGUUAUGUCCUUUGUGUUGCACAUUCAUUGUAGGUCCCCUGCAGUCACAAUCUCUUGUGCUGUAGGUUCCUUAAAGUUCCAGUCUUGCCAUGUCUCUUGUGUUGCACAUUCCUUCUAGGUGGCCAGCCCUGUCACCAUCCCUUGUGCAGCAUGUUCCUUGAAGUUCCACAGUCCUGUUAUGUCCCUUGUGUUGCACAUUCCUUGUAGGUCCCCUGCUGUUACCUUCCCUUGUGCUGUAGGUUCCUUGAAGUUUCACAGUCUUGUCAUGUCUCUUGUGUUGCUUAUUCCUUCUAGAUGGCCAGCCCUGUCACCAUUCAUUAUGCUGCAUGUUCCUUGAAGUUCCACUGUCCUGUCAUGUCCCUUUGUGCUAUAUAUUCCUUGCAGGUCACUCUCUCUUGUGCUGCACAUUUCUUGUAUGUCCAUAGUCCUGUAACUUUUACUGGGCAUUUCUUCCAGGUCACUGUCCAUUACGCUACAUACUCCUUUCAAGUCACCAUCCCUUGAGCUGUAUAUUCUUUGCAGGUCCCCAACCCUCUUACCAUCCUUUGUGAUGCCCAUUCCUUUUAGAUCCAUGGCCCUAACAUCAUCCCUUGUGUUAAACAUUCCCUGUAGUUCCCCAGUCCUUUCACUGUCCCUUCUGCUACUAAUUUCUUCCACCAUACCAUGUGCUGUAAGUUCUGUCCAAGUCCCAGGUCCUUCCCUGUUCCUGACACAAUCAUUUAUGCUGUACAUUGCUUCCAGGUUCCCCUUCCUAUAAUUGUACUGAGCCCUGCACAUUUUUUCCAGGUCCUUGUCACUUCCAAGGCCAUUGUCCUGUCACUGUCCUUUCUGUUACACACUGCCUUUCUUUUUCUUUCCCUUACAAGUGAUACACUCAAUAAACUGCUCUUUGGUUCUGACGUUGUUUGUGAUCUACUGUAAGAAUAAUUCCAUUAGAGACAAACUUAAUAAGCCCAAAGUUUUAUUUCCCAAAAUAUUCAGUGAAUUGUCUGUUUCAGAAUCCUUUGAAGCUUUUACCAAAAAAAAACUGUAGGGCUUUUUAUGCCACCAGCUAAAUAAAGUGAGCCAGGAGAAAUGAUUGUGAACUUUAAAGUAUUGCUUUUUUCACUGAACAUUAAGCUGUGUUUGGUUAUAGCUUUGUUUUCUGAUCAUGGAAGCCCACAUCUCCAUUAAAAAACAUGAAAAGUUAACAAUUCUACAUGUUUCUUAACUUAUAGAUGUAUUUAGGGAUAUAUAUGAAUGUUGUAGUUAGUGAUUUUGCUACCUUCCUGUAAUCAUAUGCCCAUUCUUUUCUAGGGUUGCUGUAUUUGUUAAUUAUAUACAGAUUUCAAACUUUAAAUUCAUUCAUCUCACAAACUAGAUGUUCUGCAGAUCACAUUCCUCUUACAGCAUUAUCAGUGUUACACGUAGCGUGUCCAUAAAUAUCUUGCAGGUACAUUCAUGUGAAAAGAGCAAUAAACUACAAGUUCUUAGUUUCGAUUUUAAUAUACAUUGCUAUAAAAAUACUACAUUUUACUCUUAGGUUUUAAACCUUUCAACUAAAUGCCAAAAACAGUACAGUUAUUUACAUGACAACUGUAUAUGUAGAACACCUAAAUUUAUUUUAUGGUGCUUCAACGAAUGGAAGAUGGUCAAUCAUAUUUUAAAUAUAAAUACACUUGAUGGCUUGGAGCCCAAAUUUUUCCAGUUUUCAUGGAGAAAAUUUUACUGUGACGUGAUUCAGACUUUUAUCCUGUUGUCGUCCAUUUAUAUAGUUGUCCAUUAUGAACAGAGGUAUACACUGUGUGCCUACUGCUAGGGUAAUGGCCACCUUGUUACUGGUUUUAAAAUUGUGUUUUCCCCUCUUCAUUGUAUUAUCAAAAUGACUGUGCACAAACGGGUGGGUAAGACUUGGCAUCCUCCUUGCAAUAAGAAAAGACCUAGGACUUAAUUGUGGCUACAGUCCUGUCCAAUCUCAGAACAUCCCAAUGUUUAUGAUCACUCUUACCUCAAACUACCUGUUAAUAUAGGAAAUAAAUAUCACUUGGUUCUUCAUUUUAUUCUCACCUUUUCCAUACAGGAGACUUUCCAUAUUGAUGUCACAGGACAUUUGAUAUUUUUUUAUUUGUAUAACACCUGUUUCAAAGUUUUUAUAUGUUCGUUUGAAAGUUUCCAAGGAACAGGAACAGAGGAACUGACCUGGAAUCCAUUUAAUCUUGUGUGACCAGUUGUUUUUAGAAGGUUUCUGUGAAUAUUUAGCUCUUUGCUGAUCUAAGAAGUAGAUCCAUAUAUUUUGUAUGAGGGAUGAGUGAGUAAUGAUUCUUCAGCUGUUAUAAGCAUCAGAAGUUUCAAUUAGAUCAUUUUUAGUACAGCUCUGUAGGAAAGUAGAGAGGUAAGGAAUAGUUUUAGCCAGCAAUAAGCAUAUUUUUCUGCUUUUUCACCCAUAUUGACCAUACCAGAAGGCAGCAAUCCUUUAUGAAUUGUUUCCUGUAAUAUUAAUAAUGAGCACGUGCUUCUUUCUUUUGUUCUGUUUCUUUACUUAAAAAUAUCCUUAAUUUAACUGUUUCAUUGCCAAAAACACAUACGUAGCAGUUAACUGCUACCUUUAUUACCACAGACAGAAGGUUAAUCAAAAGGUUAAAUUACUUUUGCAUGGCACUCACAUUUCAGCAAUUUAACCCUUGUGCAAUAUAAAGAGAGAUACGCCCUUUACAAUUCAGCCAGCAGCGCUGUAUGGUAGUAGGAGAAUGAGGGUUAGCAAGGCUUACAAAUCCUGACCCCAGACCCAAUUGUACUGUUCCCGGACACACUACUAGUCUUUCUCUUUGUCAUUUCUCAUUCACACAUUUGUCCUUCUGUUUCUUGCCCAUGUAAAUAUAUAUCACGCCUAUCUCUGUGUUGUAGCUUGCGUGUUGCGCUGUUAUUUACAUUUGAAUGUGCUGUAAUGGCGGGGACUCUAUAAAGCUGCCAUGCUAAAAAACAAUGGCACUGAUUGCUGGCCAAGUGAGCCAGGUGUGCAGCACUGUGUAUACUAGGGGUUUCUUUUUAUCUGCAUUGUCUGACAGAGCAAAACAGAUUGUAAGUUCUUUUGAGCAAGUUCAAUAUUUAUUUUACUUAUGUAAAAAAAAAUGAUUAAGCUAAUGUACUCAGAAUAAAGUUUUAAGCUCAA